GAAACAACAGAGGCUGUUGCAAGCAUUUCGUUUUCCUUGACACGUGACGGAAAUGUUUGAAACGACACAGAAAAAGAAAAAGGUACGUACUUACCAUGUUCAAAGAGUUUUCUGCAGAUAUACACGUUUAAUCAAGUUCUAUUAACUUAAGCUUAUAACGUAAACUACGCCACGCGAGCUUGUGCAGAAACUUACGCUCUGGCAAGGCCAGAUUUUGACAUGUUUUGGUUACUGGAAUAUAUACUGCCCUAAAGGACCCUAAAGGCCGCUGAAAAUCGCGUUUUCACGCUACGUUGUCGCCGAGCGAUUAUGGAUCAUACCUGGCCACAUGUACGCUUUGUACCACGGGGCAUAUUAAGAAAACGAAAGAAACACUUUCAUUCGAAGUAUUGAAUAUUCAUAUACGAUGAAUAUUCAUAUAUGAUGCAUAAUUUUAAGAUUAAUUUGUUCCUUUCUUUCUUUACCAGUAGAAUUUUGUGUAUUAUUACCGGUAGUUAAUGUUAUUUUAAUUUUCUAAUUGUAUAAGGGCCUCAACUGGAAGCAGCUGCAAAAACGUCUGAAUGGGCUACCAUUGAGCUUAUAAGAUCUCUCUGGACAGGCCCGGUAUACACCGCCAGAAAUUCCCCCAGCAGCACCUUGUUCACUGAAGCCAGGGUGUUAAAAUAAAAGUUACUUACUUAUGCACAAAAAGAAAAAAUCAAGGCACGUGCGCUUGACAACUGUAGUACGGCCUCACAAGACUGGUUGGGAAAACAAGGGACAAACAAAGUUAAUAAUGAGAAAACAAUGAGGGGUAGUGAAUGGUUCCUUGAAAAACGUGGGUCUUGGAAAAUUUUGGCCCGAUCUCGACAUCUUGGAAGCAUUUGAAAUGGGUAUCGAAGUCUUGUUUUUGGGUGAUUUUGUGUCUCGAGUCUCCACUAUUUUUAACUCUCGGUCUCGUAUUUUGAAACUGGGGUCUUGCAGUCUUGCAAAGUCAUGAAUUUACCAUUCUAUACUCCUACAAUGGAACCAAUCCCCAAAACAAAAGAGUGAGCUGCAACAUAAAUGUGUAGAGGUCUAAUGAAAUUAGAGGCUUAAAGAGGUAUAAUUAGGCUUAUGAAAAAAUCAGUCAUCCCUCAAUUUACAACCGUAUUAUCAAAAUGGGGGUCAGUUAAGGCUUGCAGGGCUAGAACCACACCCAGGCAGGAUUGAUCCCAACUUGUCCCAGUUAUCUCCUUGUCUCUUCUUUUGAAUAUCAAAAACGGAAGCACAUAGAGUGCAGGGCGAGUUGCCAUUCUUGUCACUUGUCACCAGUUACAAAUUAAUAAUUAGGAAGAGCCAGCAUUUGUUCCGUAAUUCAAAUUUCCCAACAAGCACCCCAUCCCUUUCAAAACAGGACAUAAAUAUUUCUUUAUUUAGAGUUGGUAAGAUACUCAAUAUUAUUAUUCAUUCAACACCUUUUGCCCUGUCUGCUUGGCUUCAAUCCCCCAGCCAAUUCUUCAUAACUAACUGGCGUUUACCAUUAUUUGGACAGACAGGGACACCAUCCGGGGAUCGCCGACUAUAAUAUGGUUUAUACCGCAGCCCUCCCUGGUGUAUCAGUGGGCUUAGUCGUAUUAUCAUGGCACGAAGGUCCAUAUUAACAAAAGACAAGAGCCAAUGAUGAAAAUACUUUACAAAAAAACAAAUUUUAAAAAAGUGGGCUUUUCAACGAUGGCUUUUACGGCCAAGAUAUUGUCAUGGCGCUUUCGCCACCUGAAUAUUGUAGGUUGUUUGCUCAAAAGAAGGCCUACCAAGGGGGGGGGGGGUUCACGGGCACCCCAGGACCCCCCCCUAGCUAGCCCCUGAUCUGCAUAAUUCUUCACGUGUUACUCAGCCUCAUUCAACAACAGUGGCACCUCAAUUUAACGAACCUCUAUAUAAGGAAGUCCUCGGUAUAAUAAACGAUAUUCUUUGCCUAAAGUAAUUACUAAAAUAAAAAAUAUAUAAGAAGAACCUUGAUAUAACGAAACCUCACUGUAGCGAUCAAAUUGUGCCAGUCCCUUUGCCCUUCAUUAUGUGGAGGUUCCACUGUAUUGUUAAAUAUAAUGUCUGCUAUGAUUUCUAUCCCCAGUGGCAGUGGAAUAACAUAUAGAUUUAGCUAAGGCCAAAAGCAAAGCUCUCAAAAGAUGCUUUAGGAAAUUUUUUCCUCAAUUCUCAAUUAAUUAUACUUUGGCCGUAAGCAGAGAGCAAACUGAAUUCUACCUCUAAAAUAAUUGACCUGCGGCCGCAAUCAAUUAAAAGCGAAUAACUGGUCAGCGGAUAAUUGCGUCACUUCCAUGAGUUGUAUACCUGAGCCCGUGAUGCAGUCAUGUGAUGCUGGUCAGCAGAUACCCUUUUUUGACAGCUGUCAAUAAUAAUUGAUCACAACAUGGAUGUCCAAAACCAAGUUUUACACAGAAAGUAUUACAGUGUGCCAUUUCGCAUCCACUAACAUAAAAUGGUGGACGUAUGUACAGACGUACUCCAUAUGGACGAUUUUCUCAGAACCAAAAUUUCUUGGAAGCAUAGAUUAUCAUAUUUUCUUACCCAUGGUGCUCAACUGCGCUCGGUUUGCAUGCGCGACAGCUCCGCUAUAAGCCACCAACUCAACUCUUAACCUUAUGCACCUAUCAAUGCAAACCCUGUGGGGGGGGGGGGAGUGCGGGCAAGGGGUGGGGAUUUGACAAAUUUUAAAACUUUUUUAUCAUAUUCCCCAGGGUGAGAAAUGAAAGGUCAAUCAAAAGUGUCAAAAAAGCCCCUACCCCAGGGGAAAAAUCUAAACAAACAAUACUAUAAUAUUGUAUAAAACGAAUUAAAAGAACAUUUCAAAAGUACGUCCUUACUAAACGUAAGCUGCGUUAAAUUACUCGCUAUAAUUAAGUAUUUUCUCUCUCCACUAGCAUCUCUUAUUUUGAACAACAAAAUCACUCUAGGAAGAUUGACCGUGCUAUUAUAAUAUUAAUGAAACGUAAAAUGCUUUAUAACAUCUGCUCAACAUGUCGGAACAGGUCGGAUCAGUGACCCGUAAAAAAUCCUCUGACUUUCAUGGUGGAAUUCAAAUUCAAUCGAGUUUUACCAUCAGAUGGGAACUUGAAGAUAAAAACUUUCUCAAAAUAGACAUUAUCUGUUUAGACGACAGUUUAAAGUAUUGGAUUAUGGCGAUUAAAACACAUAAAACCUUCACACCUUUCUCCAACAGCGUGACUUUCAGAAAGCCUCGAGGGAUGGACUUGGUAACCGCCUCUGAAUUGAUACCAGGCUUCUGUCGGUCAAAGUCAAAUGUCCCAACCCUGGGGUCGCUUUGCACGAUCAAAAACCCGACAGGGGGAUAGUCUCAGGCAUCAAAUCCCCACACCUUGCCCGCACUCCCCCCUCACGGCAUUUACAUUGAUAGGUGCAUUAUUUUAUAUUAAAUACAAACUUCGCCCUAAAUUUUUACCACUUUUUUCAACACAGAUACCUCUUCACUGGUAGGUACCUGUCAGUGAUCAAAAUGGAUGAAGUUGAUCGAGAUGCUGCCACAAAAGAGGAAGAGGACCUCAAAACAACAGUGGACAGGGAGUGUGCCACUGUAGAUAAUGAACAUAACACAAAUGGUAUGAUAUCAGACUAAAGCCUAGUCAAAUGUUAUGUCUGUCUUGGGGCUGGGACUUAGCAUGUGCCACAUACGAAACAAAACUCUUGUUAAGUCCGUCUGUGAAACAGCACUGAAAUUCUUGUUCUGGGCCCCCACCUGUCUACCAGGAUUUGAGUAUGUGUUAUGAUUGGCCUGUUAAAAAAGCCUUUGUCCAUUGUUAAUUUGCCAAUCAGAAUGAAAGAAAAUUCAAAAUGCAUUUCUAGUAAUUGGUUGACACUGUUGUGGGCCAAGAACGAGGAUCUUGGUGCUGCUUAGCAAAUGUUACUAACAGGGGUCAAAUUACAUCUGCGAUGCAGGCUAGCCGAGACUAGGCAAUACUAGAAUUUGCUUGGGAUAUGUAUAACUGCCAUUGAUAUUGAAUCCUAUAUUGAAUUCUUUUGGAGUUGAGAAAAUGCAGGCACAGAUGUCCCAGCCUGCUUUAUUACAAUGUUUUACAGAAAGGAGCUGAGGCACAAACAAGAAUCCAAGUUUAAAAGCUUUCUGGGCAUGCACAAUGCAAGGCUUCCAUUAGAUCAAUAAUAUACUGCACCUGAAGGGAGUCAAGAAGGAAUGGGGAGAUACUUGCUUUUCUUUUAGCUAAAUGACCAACCCUUGAUCACUCUUUCUACUCUUCCCAAUGGUGUGUGGGGCAAUUAAACCAAUAAUAAUAUUAAGUAUAAAAGAAACAAAUUAAAAUCAACAAAAAUAGAGUCAGGGCCACCUCACAAUCUUAUCUUGAAAACAAUGUGGAAGGGUGAGCACCAAACGUUUUUAUACUAGGCAACCACAGCUUUCAAAAUUAACUGUUAAAAAUGUUAUUCAGUAACAUCACAAAAGAAAACAGGACUCCUCCUUUGGUUUCCCCUGUAUGUAAUUAUGUUUUUUUCUUUACUUUUCACACUAGGUGCAGCUGACAGAGACAAGGAAACUGUGUCAAGUCCCCCUAAAAUAGAAUUCUGCAUAGUACAGUCAACAGAAGACCACAGUGCACUUCUUAAAGGAAUUCCAAAAGAGCCCUUACGUAAACCUCUCGACCAACAAAUCUUGUUUGGUCGUGGUCAUUCAGUAGGGGUAUUCCUCAAUGACAAUACCGCUUCACGGGAACACAUGACACUUUUCAUGCAAACAAACCCAGCAACAGGUGAAAAUAUGUUUGUUGUAAGUACAGUAAGUGAGAGCAAACCGGUGUAUAUCAAUGGCACACCCUUUUAUAAGAAGGCAGGCACCAGAGUUCUGCAAACGAAUGACAGACUGAGAAUAGGGCAGCUUGAGUUUAUUGUUAAUAUCAUGCCAGGGGAUUCCACAGAGUUUUACCUAGUUGAAUUUACAAAGGGAAGUAAAGGAAAUCUUCAACAGCUCAAUUUACAACAAGUUAGUUAUCCUCAGUUUCAAGGACAGGCAGGGAUUAACACACAGCCGAUCUUCCUGGCCAAUCACCCAGGUGCUGCCAUUUUGCCAAAUAACUAUGGUGUCCCUGUACCUGGUGCCCCUGUGAAUCCAGUAUUUAACAUGAACAUCUCAGCUGGUGGUGGCGUUACACAGUUUAAUCCCAUGGGAGCAGCAUUUCAAGGAAAUCCUGCAUCAUUUGCUGUACCACCUGUGCUAGUGAAUCCUGGAAUAGGCCAGGGAUCACUACAACAAUUUCCAGCUAAUCUGAGAUAUCAGGGCAUGACUCCUAGCUUUCAGCCUCAACAAGAGUCACAAUACCCAGGGAUGCAUCACCCAAUGAUGCCUCAGCAGGAGACAGUGCUAGUACAUGAUAGAAGACAGAUGUUUCACACAAAACUACCAUCUGAACAAAAUGAGCAUCCCAAACAAAUUGGGCCAGAUGGUGACUUCCAUGUGUCUAUAGAGGAAUCUGGGCUGCAAAAGACUUAAGACUAACAACUCUCAGGAGAAAUGUCGGGAUAUUUUAGAAAUAAACCAGGGUCUCAAAAUAACUGUGUUAAAUGUGUUUGGCCACCACAAUCUGAAGUAAGGCACUGUUAUUCUUGGCAAUAAUGUGUGCAGAUUGUUAUAAAAAUUAUUGCAUUUUUUUGUUGUGCUGUUGUAAGGCACUUUUGACUGCUAGCCAUAUGUCAGGAUUGCAUUAGACAGGAGAGCAUGUUAUGUGCGAGCAAGCGAGCGAGCGAGGUAAACAUGCAAAGGGAAAAGAACAAAAGAGAAGGAGGGACUGCAAAUAAUUGGCCAUUGACAUUCCAGUUUGGCCAUUCUGUUUCAUGGACACUCCUGUUUGGAGCAACUCGUGUUGCAACAAAAUUCUGUAAGUAAUAAUAUAGCACCUUUAGAAAAUACAAGGAAACCAAAAAGAGGAUCGAAUGGCCACCCUGGGAGACCCAGGAGAACUGUUAAUAAUAGUCAGGCUGAUGAUUUUUCAAAUAAUGCAAAAUGCAAUCCAGUUUAAUCUUGCCCAGUCCCAUUCUUAGAGACCCAGCAGGGACAGUCAGUCUAAUAGGCAAAGGAGGGACAAUGCUGCAUGACCACUUUUUGUUGCACUGAGUCAGGAACAUUUUUAGAAAUUUAUCAGAACAAAAUGGAAGAAUUACGUUUUUUGAUUGAUAUUCUGAGAGUUAGAAAUUAUCUCCAAGUCACAGCAUUUUAUUUUUACUAUAGGCAGCUUUAUUUAGGUGUAUAUAAAACCUGCCAACAGAAGACAAACUACAUAAAAUAUUUUUAAAAAAGCUUGAAAAUAUAUCAUCUAUAAUUAUUAUUUUAUUAAUAAUAUAUAAUAAUAAGUAAAUUAAUAUUUUUUAGUCAAAUGUUACAGAUAGGUUCCAAACAUUUGCUGUUUUAUUCUUUGUUAGGUUUUAUUAUGGAAUUGUUGACAAUCAUCCUUUUUCUGAGUUUACAACUGUUUUUUAAAGUGAAUUUUGGAUAAGCCGAGUUGUUCAGCUAAUUAGAAGCUAUUUCGUAUAACUUAGUAUUAAUAAUAAAUGUUAUUCAACAAUGGAG